UAAAUGAUAUCCUUGAACAAUUAGUUUAUAAUUCGUGAUUUAUAAAGAGUAUCGUUGUAUGCUAUCUUUAUACUUUAUGUUUUCGUAAUAAUUUCUGUUUUCUUGUUGUCUGGCUUAGUUCAAGUGUUUAAGAAAGAGCCAUACCCCCCACCCCCAUGAGUAGUUGAAGACCGUCUAACGCUAGGCUUUUACGUGUCAGACUGGUAUUAAUUUCGUUAGUAAUGAUUUCAUAAAAGUUUUUGUAAACUGUGUCACAAGAGGGACAUUUUGAUAAAAAUUCGACCGAGUUUUGUGUAAUUACAGUUUGUUCUACCAAGUACAGAAAAGUACGCAUAGUCCUCCUUAGAUAAUUUGAUUUGAUGUCGUGGUUGAAAGGUUUAGCUGGGAAAGCGGAGGAUUUUCUGAAUCAGAUUGAUCAGAAUGCUGCUGUUGCUCUUCAGAAGGAAAGAAAAGAAUUAAAUUCGGUGGAGCCUCUGUUAACGGAAGUUACCUGGGAGGGACAGCAGUCUAAUGGGUCGGCAAGGUUCACCCCUCCACCACUGCGGUCAGUCUCAAGUGGCAGCAGUGUUGGUUCUGUCAGGUCGUCUCCAAGCCAUGGAGGUCGCAGCCCAGUUUUGGCAACUAAAGCCAACAGUGAUGAUGAAUUAAUCAAAUUCCUGAAUAGUUCAGAGCCACCAAUAAUCAGCGUAUCAGAAGAGGAACAAGAGAGGCCUGUUCAAGAAGUAUUGGAGUGGAAUGGUCAUGGAGGUGCUGUGUCAGAGGCAAAGAGGUUCUCCCCUAUUGUGGUCGAGCAAGGGGCCAAGCAGAGCUCCCUGCCAACGUCAAGACGUGUCUCACCAAGAGGAGAAGCAGAUGAAAUGUCGGCUACUAGGUCCGUCAAGCAGACAUCUGUCGCCCCCAGUAACUGUGCCCCAGUUUCUGGUAUGACUGAGGAUUCAUCAGAAGAACUUAAGGUUGAGAAUGGCCUUCUGAAAAAUGAGUUAAGGAGCUUGAACAGUGAGAUGUCUCAGCUGCUAAGCCGCGCCAAAAAUGCCGAAAAAGAUAAUUGUAGUUUGCAGCAGCAGUUGACGGGUCUGCAGGAAGCCCAGAAAGAGUCAAUGCGGUUUUUGAAGGAGCGAGAUGAACAGGUAGCCAGACUGGAGAGUGAGCUGCAAAAUGUCAGACAGCAGAUGGUUGUAGCACAGGACCUGGCACAGGGACAUCAACUCGAGAACACUCGGUUGGUGCAGGAAUCUGCAGACUCCAGUGGGCAUCAGAGCCAGACUUUGCAGGCACUGCGGGACAAGAUUGCAGAAAAAGAGGGGGAACUGGAAGCAGCACAGGCAGGCCACUACAAGGAGCUGGCAGCCCUGCAGGAGAGGGUGGCCGUCCUCGAGUCAGAACGAGUAGGAUUCACCAGUAGGCUGAGCCACGGGGAGGCCGUGACCCAUGACCUGCAGCAGCAAUUUGAUCGAACUCGUGCAGAGUUGGCCUUCUCUCGCAGUGAACUAGACCAGUACAGGGUUCGGGCACAGCGAAUUUUGCAGGACAAGGAGCGACUAAUUGCAGAACUGCGAGGCCAAGGCUCAGCAGGGCGAAGCAUCCCUGCAGAUGACACAGUAGAGCUCGAGCUGGAUCAGUUGCGACAAGAACGAGAGCUCUUGCGUGAAGAGGUCGCACAAGUGUCGGUGAGACUUAAGGCAUGUCGAGAUGAGCUGCAGGAGACAGAACACCGGUUGGAGAGCGGACGGGAGCAGGCAAGCCAGUCUUUGCGUUUGCUGCAGGACAGCCUUCAGGAGGAGCGCAAGAAGAGGCAGGCCGCAGAGGAGGACUGUAGGACACAUGCUGAGGAACUGCGUUCAGUAAGGGAUGAGUUGUCGAGGCAGAGGGCUCAGUUAGCAUUACGAGUACGUGAACGGGAGGCUGAACUCACCAGACUGAGAAGCCGGUUAUCGCAACGCCCUGCUUCACCAACUGGUGAUGAACUGGAGUCUCGUCUGCAUGUGUUGACACAGACGCUGGUCCUGAAACAGAGCUCGCUGGAGACGGUCACCAUGGAAAAGAAUGCUCUUCGGCUUCAGCUUGAGAAGGUUGAGAAUAAGCAUCGGGACACGCUAGCUUUGCUGCAUGAGAUGCAGAAUGGGCUGGGGAGUGUGAAUGACACAGAUGAUGCCAAGGCACGAGUUCCAAGUUUCCUGAUGGAAUCUCCUUUUGAUACCGGUGUCACACGCCGAGUGAAACGUGCUUACUCGUCUCUUGAUGCUGUCAGCAUCCGCACUGGGGUGUUCCUACGACGUUAUCCGCUGGCACGGAUCCUUGUUCUUUGUUACGUGGUGCUUCUGCAUCUUUGGGUAAUGGUGGUACUGUUCUCAUACACACCUCCAGCACAAACUUGAUGGCUGCAGUUAAUAUGUUUGGGACACACGAUAUCGGAAUAGCAUGCCGAAAACAGAGUGCGGCUCUUCACAGUGAUGCGUGUUGUUGGGAGCUUCUUAUGUCGCCACUGAGGAACAGGGCUAUGUGGCAUUCUACUGCACUGACAUUCUUAUUGGAGCAGGAGUUUUUGGUGUUAUCCAGUGUUGUUGAUGUCAUUUUGAAGUCACAUCUCUCAUCCCUAUUGUAAUUCCUGACUGUGUACCUGCUAAGAUUCUUUCCUUUUCUAAGUGGCUCUGUUAUUUAUUUUGUCUCCCUCCCUCACCCUCUUGUGGAGGAACAGGAAUUAAAAUUGCAGUCAUUGCCUCUCUACAGUCACUCGAUUGCUCCUUUCUCCUUCUGAGAUGCUUAUACAUUAUGUGGGUUGUAUGUUGAUCACAUCUGUUGUCCCUUAAUUUCAUAUACUACUUCCCAAACAAGUAUUUUUAACCCUUUAAAGGUAAGUGGUAACUAUAUGUACCAGCUGCUGUAACAAACAGUAACUCCACAGUUUUUGUUUUUGGAUUUCAUGUGAUUCUUAGUAUAAACAAUAUUGGUCAGUUGAUCAUAGUAGCGAAAUGUUGUGUUUCCUUUGAGGUAUGGACUGAAUUCUUAACUAUUUCGAUGAGGUUUGACUAGAAUGGGUUAUGCCAUAUGGCAGUAAAUACUUAUUGGGUUGAAACAUGUAGUUAUAAAUUCCCCAUUCACAGUUAUUAUUUUGAAUUUGUGUAAAUGUUUUGUUUUAUUCAACUGAUUUGUAGAAUCUCUCUCAGUCUGGAAACUGUGAGGUUGCGCAUGAAAGUGGGAUAUCUGAUGUAAUAGAAAUCAUUCUUAUUUAUGUAUUGUAUAUGUGCCUAUGCAUCAGCGAUUCAUAAAGUCUUUCAUGAUUCACAAACCACAAA